GUCGUUCUAAACUUGAAUACAACUAUAUCAAAUCUACAAGUUUCACAAAGUAUUCUACAAGACAUUCAAGUGCCACAUUCAUUCAAUUUUACAUGUUUCCAUACAAGGCUUACAAAGAAAAUUUCAAUGUUUCAAAGUUUGUUUACAAAAUUCUUUUCAACACAAUCAAAUUCAAAAUUAAAUCAAGGUUGCCAUUGAAGAAUCAAGUAAUUACAACAAUUCAAGAUUUUCAUAAAUCUAAAUAUUUCCAAGACUCAUUCUUCUUCGAAUCUUCAAGCUCUCCAUAUCCAUUUCCUCGACUUCAUCUUCAAAUCAUUUUCUCACCCUUCUUCAAGCUUUCCUCCUUGCUUUUUCAAGCUCAUCCAUCAAGUUCUUUUGUUGAGAUCAUUCUCCAAUUUCUGGAAGAAUCACAAAAAAAAAAACUUCAUAAAAUUCUCUCUGCUUCAGCAUCAGCUUCAAUGCCCGAUUCUCCAUCUCUCUCUGAAAACCUUCACAAAAUAUCUUCAUCUUCUCUUUCUCUCUGCAAAACUCUUCAAAUAUCUUCAUCGUUUAAUCUUCAUCUGUAG